GUGUGUAUCGAUCGGUUUUUGAGCUUGCUAGUAACGAAAAACGCGUGUCGUGAGUAGAAAAUGGUCCGAUGGCUACCUUAGUGACCGGUUCUAGCCUACAGAGGGUUAAUUUAUUACCGUUAACCAUGGCAGAAGACUGUAGUAGUUGUUCUAGUGAUGAUACAGUGCUCUCAGUCGGAAACGAAGCAGAAAACCAGCCCCCAGACGAUUCAGAGUGCGUUAACGGAGGUAGUACUUUGAGUUUUAAGAAUCUGGAAGAUCAUUUGAACGCUCUGAGUCAAGGACAGUCGUCUUCCAGGCUUAGUCCGUCGAACAGUAGUUCCAGAUCGUGUUCGUCCCCGUUGUUCCGUGCAGAGAACUUGGUGAACUUCGGGUACCGUAGUGGCGAACAGUUAGGGUACCACGGAGGGUCUAGUUUGUGUUCUCCAACAUCAGUACAAAGUGACGGGACGGACAGUCCAGGCAGCCCGUGUUCUAGAUGGAUCUCUUCUGCCAAAACACCUUCAAACACCUCUCCGGAAUCAUCCAGGCAUCAAAACGAGGUUUUCUUCAGGCCAGGUACCGCCCAGGACCAGAAAACUGACCACCAAGCAACGUUAAAGUUCUCGAUAGACAAUAUUUUGAAGGCUGACUUCGGUAGAAGUAGAAUACUAGACCCUAUAACGAUAAGAAAGUCGAAACCUCCCCCUUGUAAGAAGCCUGUGGGUGAUGGGGGCGGUUUCUCUGGAGAAGUACGAAGGCAGGGUACUUCAACUUGUGUGGAUAACGAGAGAACGAGCGGGGGACCGGUAGAUUUGAGUCCUAGGAGUGAUAGGAGUGGUGAUUCUUCGAAAAAUGAGACUUCUGGGGGUAAGGGUGAUCAACCAAUGUUAUGGCCAGCUUGGGUGUACUGUACCAGAUAUUCGGAUCGUCCUAGUUCAGGAAGAAGUCCCAGAACAAGGCGCAUGAAAAAACCCGGCACCAAAGGAACAGUACCCGAAGAAAAACGACCUAGAACCGCCUUUUCCGGAGCCCAACUUGCCAGGCUCAAGCACGAGUUCGCAGAGAACCGCUACUUGACAGAACGAAGACGGCAACAGCUCAGUUCAGAACUUGGCUUGAACGAGGCCCAAAUUAAAAUAUGGUUCCAGAAUAAGAGAGCCAAGAUCAAGAAGGCUUCGGGGCAGAAAAACCCUUUGGCAUUGCAGUUGAUGGCGCAGGGGUUGUAUAAUCAUAGUACCAUACCUUUAACCAAAGAGGAGGAGGAACUGGAGAAGUUACAGACGCAGGGGAAGGUCGCGUAAAGAUGGACAACAGUGAGGUUGAGGUUUUUUGGAAUUUGGACUGUUUUUUAUGAACGAAAUCGUUUGAAAAUGUGAAAUUUUUUAUUAGAGUCAAAAUAUAAUUCAUGUUCAUGUUAAAAUCAACUACCAGUUUUUAAAUUUACAAUUUUUUAGAGCCAAAAGGGCUGCAGGAUUUGAUUGAACCUUUGAAUAGAAAGAUUAAGGAAGAAUAUAAGGACAUAUACAGGGUGUUUCAAAAAACAUGUGCCAUCUCUGGUGGGGAGGUUCCUCGCGUAAAAAUAAGAUUUAUUUUUCAUAUCAACAUAGGUCCGAUUCUGCUUCGUUUCGAAACUACAGGAUGUUAACAUCUUAAUAAUCUUUCGAUUUAUUAUAAUUU